AUGUUAAAACACCUUUAUUGUAAUGGUUAUGGCGGUUCUGUUCGAACAACAAAUGAGAUUCUUUUGGAGAAUGACACAUUUAUUCUGUAUGAUUUUCCAUACUAUCCCCAAACAAUCGUUUUAGACGUAAAUGUUUUAAAAUUUCACUUUUAUUCAGAACGUGCUUCUGAUAAUUUAACGUUGAAUGGUAAAAUUGAUCAAGUACUAGAUAUAACAUUUGGUGGAGAAAGUUCCAUAACAAAAACAGGUUAUUUAGACCUAACAAAUCUUAUUGUAGUGGAAAAUGUUAGUUUAUGCUUUAGAAGUUACAUUAGGGGCGUUAUUACAGGCAAAAAUGUUAAUCUGACGAGGCUAUACAGUUUCAACCCAUUUGAGCAAACUGCUUACGUUAAAGCUGUUAAUUAUGCAAAUAUUGUAGCACAAUCUUAUUUACUCACAUUAGGCAAAAUAUAUGUUGAUGCUAAAUAUUUGAUUGAUAUUACUAUGGGAGUUUUUGAUGACUCAGUUAUCUACGCAAAUAAUUCGUUGACCAAUAAUUGUAAUAUCUUGACGGAUGGCUCUUCAACGAUUUACGUGACUGUUCGUGAUAUGCUCAAUAUAAACUCAAAUGGUGAGAGUAUUGUUAAUGGAACAACAUCUCCCUGUGCAAAUAUCGUUAAUAUUAACAGUGGUGAGAAUUCAGCUGUUUAUGUUUGUGCAACAAGCGAAAUCAAUGUUAAUGUCACUGGGGCGGCUAAAGUCUUCUAUAGUGGUUUAUUAAAUCAAACAAGCCAAAGCGAAGAGGGACAAAUAAUUCCACUAUAG